UUGACAGAAUUUGAGCGUCGUCUAUUCCUUGAUCUCCCAACCGAGGACCUAGAAACAUCCAACAUUCGUGCAGCAACCAUUCUCUCACGCGAACAGCUCAUCGAGAAAGCGAAAUCAAGCCGUCAACAAGAAUUUCUUGACGGGUGGGAAGGGGAAGCAUCUUAUGAGGUUACUUUCAAGAUUGGGAGUAUGGAAGGUGCGAAGCGUAACAUUGAGGCAAGAAGUCAGACGCUGCGCGCUGCAGCAAAUCUAGUCUUGCCGGAUGCCAAAGAAUGGAUUCAACAUCUGUAUCAACAAGAGAAGAAGAGUUGGGGAUUUAUAUGCCUUUACGAUGCCGCUGUUCAGAAAUUUAACCCACAACGACUUGAUCAUUUCGAGUGUACCAAGGAUGGGUUCUUCCGCCACGCACUCAUGUACAACGGGUCAAAAGACAUCAUUGACACAAAGUGGGGUUGGUUUCCUUACAAUGCGCCGAAUAAUAUCCUUGCACCAAUAACAAACCUCGAAAGCGACAAUGACUACCCAAAUGGUGUUAUACUUCGCAAAGCCUUUCAGGAAAUCUUGAGAGACCCGCAGGAAUACCAAAAAAGGGACGAUGUCACUCCCACAAUAACAUAUACAGGGCAUUUCAAGGACGGAAUUGCUAAAGCAGGAUUUCUCACGAACACUUUU